AUGAAACCCAUCAUCGCCAUACCGGCGACGAGCGUCCUCGUCUUCAGGGCAUGGAAAAAGAGAUCCCUGACAGGUCCUGGGCUGGUGACGGCGGCGCUGACGGCCCUCGCGCACGCUUACCACCCCUGGAACCUGCCGUUUACCCUGCUCUGCGUCUUCUUCCUUGCCGGCACGCGGGUGACGCACGUCAAGGAAGGCAUCAAGGCUAAGCUGACCAUGACGUCCAAGGGGAGUUCUGGGGGAGAGGGGCCUCGGAAUCACGUACAGGGAUCAGUCUUGGCCAACUCGCUCGUCUCUUCGAUCCUGACGAUUCUACACGCCAACCAGCUGUACGCUCGACAGGCGCGGCUGGCGGACCCGAACGAGUCCGACCCGCUAGGCACGACGUGCUUCCAGUGGGGAGGGGAUGUGCUGGUUGUCGGCAUCAUCGCCAACUACGCGGCCGUGGCGGCCGACACGUUCAGCUCGGAGCUGGGGAUACUGGCGACGGGGCAGCCGCGGCUGAUCACGUCGCUGACGCUGCGCAGGGUGCCGCGCGGGACCAACGGUGGUGUCACGCUGACGGGGCUCGGGGCCGGGCUCCUGGGCUCCAUCAUCAUCGUCACGACCGCCAUGGUCCUCCUGCCCCUGUGCGGCGCGGAGCAGAUUGGGUUCCCCGGCGGGGAGGUGCCAUGGUCCCUGGACCAGCGGCGGACCCUGAUGGGCGGGCUGGUGCUGGCCGGGUUCGCGGGCACCGUCAUCGACAGCAUCCUCGGAGGGCUGUUCCAGAGGUCGGUCAAGGAUACCCGCUCCGGAAAGAUUGUCGAGGGCGAGGGCGGUCAGCGCGUCCUCAUCUCGGAGGAUGGGACGGCAACCGCCGUGACGGGUAGCAGCAGCAGCCACGGCGAUGACGGGAGGGUCGAGAAGAAGACGACGACGCGUGCCGCCAUGAGGCCCCGACCUGCGACGGUGGAGGAUGACGACGAGGAGGAAGACAAGUCUACCAGUCAUUUUGGGGAUGAGAAGCCGUCUCGCGUCGCGGAGAGCGGGUGGGAUCUGCUGGACAACAACGAUGUCAACUUCCUCAUGGCUGUCAUGUCGAGCGUCGGGGCCAUGGCUGUGGCGAGCUGGUAUUGGGAGAUCCCCGCGGAGAGGAUCCUCGUGGUGUAG